CCUCCCCUCAACCUCUCAUUUCCCUCCUUUUUUCCACAUCACACCCUUCUCUCUGAUAAGAUUUGUAUAGCAGAAAUCAACCACUUUUUAAUUUCUCUCUCCUAACUCCAUUUCCUACCUAGAGAGAGAAACCUCCUACCCCAAAAAAAACCACCCAAAAUGGCAUGUUCUCUCUCCUUCAGCUCCUCCGUGAGCACCUUCCACCUCCCAACCACCACCCAAUCCACCCAAGCACCACCAAACAACGCCACCACCCUCCCCACCACAAACCCAAUCCAAUGCGCAAACCUCCGUGAGCUACGAGACCGGAUCGGAUCAGUCAAAAACACGCAGAAGAUCACCGAAGCAAUGAAGCUCGUCGCUGCCGCUAAAGUCCGCCGUGCGCAAGAAGCCGUCGUAAACGGUCGCCCCUUCUCGGAGACUCUAGUCGAAGUUCUUUACAACAUGAAUGAACAGCUACAGACUGAGGAUGUUGAUGUUCCUCUGACGAAGAUUCGGACGGUGAAGAAGGUGGCGUUGAUGGUGGUUACCGGCGACCGUGGUCUUUGCGGCGGGUUUAAUAAUAUGUUGCUGAAGAAGGCUGAGUCUAGGAUUGCUGAGCUUAAGAAGCUUGGUGUUGAUUAUACUAUUAUUAGUAUUGGAAAGAAAGGAAACACUUAUUUUAUCCGGCGUCCUGAGAUUCCCGUCGACAGGUACUUCGACGGAACAAACCUACCAACCGCCAAAGAAGCACAAGCCAUAGCAGACGACGUCUUCUCCCUAUUCGUAAGCGAAGAAGUCGACAAAGUCGAAAUGCUCUACACAAAAUUCGUCUCUUUAGUAAAAUCAGACCCAGUAAUCCACACCCUACUCCCCCUCUCACCCAAAGGAGAAAUUUGCGACAUCAAUGGAAAAUGUGUCGACGCAGCAGAAGACGAACUCUUCCGUCUCACAACAAAAGAAGGUAAGCUAACGGUAGAAAGAGACAUGAUCAAAACCGAAACACCAGCAUUUUCCCCAAUUCUGGAAUUCGAACAAGAUCCUGCUCAAAUUCUCGACGCUUUGCUUCCAUUAUACUUAAACAGUCAGAUUUUGAGGGCUUUACAAGAAUCACUUGCUAGUGAACUUGCUGCGAGGAUGACUGCUAUGAGUAAUGCUACUGAUAAUGCGAAUGAGUUGAAGAAGACGUUGUCUAUUAAUUAUAAUAGAGCGCGUCAGGCUAAGAUUACUGGUGAGAUCUUGGAGAUUGUUGCUGGUGCUAAUGCAUGUGUUUGAUUAAUCAAUUUGUUUUUACAAUAUGGUUAUUUGUACUUACUUAUUUUUGGUUAAUAAUUGUUGGUAUAAUUAUAAAUAUGGAUAUAUUAUGUACGUUUUUGUGAUGGUUUGAAAUGGACAGGGGAUAUAUCAAGUGCAGAGAGAUUAAUUAGAUCAUUUUGAUUAAUUUGUAAUUACUUUUCAUAUUUUUUAUAUACUUCCUCCGGUUUUUUUUA